GGGCAACACGACAGCUGCGUCCACGUGUCAGCUGGCGGCUUGCGGUCCUCAUCACUGCCGUCGAAGGCUAUUUAUGGGCGCGGGAGCCGAAACCGGAAUAGAGGAAGGGCAACCGCAGUGGCUGCCUCUACUGUCGGGCGGAGAGAAUGGCCGUGGCUGUCUUCUCUCGCUUCGGUUGCUGCCUUGCGCUCGGCGUGCUCUUCUCAGGGCAAAUUCUCCAGACCCUUGGCGUCGGCGUUGGAAUCAACUAUGGACAGAUAGCCAACAACCUACCAUCUCCCACCAGUGUUGUUAAGCUUCUCCAGUCCAUCAACAUCAGCAGAGUAAAACUCUACGAUGCUGACCCUAAAGUGUUAACUGCCUUCGGCAACUCCAGCGUCGACUUUAUCAUUGCAAUCGGCAACGAGAACAUCCUGAACAUGACCGACCCGACGAAAGCCCAGGAAUGGCUUAAACAGAAUGUCCAGCCUUACCUUCACCAAACUCAAAUAACUUGUGUGACCGUUGGAAAUGAAGUUCUGACCACCAGUGACACUGUGUUGAUGGAAAACCUUCUCCCAGCGAUGCAGUCUGUAUAUCAAGCUCUUGUUGCCCUCGGAUUGGACAAGCAAGUGAACAUUUCGUCAGCACAUUCCGUUGCCAUCUUAGGGAAUUCAUAUCCUCCUUCCUCUGGUUCUUUUCGUGAAGAUCUUGCGGAGUACAUACAUCCGCUGGUCAACUUCCAUUCUGAAAUCAACUCUCCCUUCCUCAUCAAUGCCUACCCUUUCUUUGCUUACAAAGGGAACCCCAACGGUGUUUCCCUGGAGUAUGUACUAUUUCAGGACAACCCAGGAGUCACUGAUCCAAACACGAAUUUAACCUAUGAUAAUAUGCUGUAUGCUCAGAUCGAUUCAGUCUAUGCUGCAAUCAAAGCAAUGGGUCACACAGACAUUGAUGUUGCAAUAUCUGAAACUGGAUGGCCUUCCAAAGGAGACCCCGAUGAGACUGGGGCAACACUGGAGAAUGCUGCAAAGUACAAUAGGAAUCUGCUGAAGAGAAUUGCAAUGAACCAAGGCACGCCAAUGAAGCCUACGGUGCCCAUUAACGUACAUGUUUUUGCUCUGUUUAAUGAAGAUUUAAAACCAGGUGCAACGUCAGAGAGGAACUAUGGGCUCUUUUAUCCUGAUGGAACUCCUGUUUAUGAUAUCGGCUUUCAAGAUCACGUCCUGCUAUCUUCGCCAUCUUCUGCAACACUGAUGGCAUGGUCUCGGUUCGGCAUCCUUAUCUUCGCAAUGGUCAUGAUGAUAUAAGUUGUUCUCUUCCUUACAAUAGUCGGUAGUUGGGAGCAUUGAUUGAUCAUAAAUUUAUCCUGACCUGGAGAUAUCAGACAUUGAUACGGCUUGUGGCUGUUCAUGGGUGCGUAUUAUGGACGAUCUCCCGGUGCUUAUGCUUUGUUUUCGAAUAGAUUACUUAUAUACAGAUAGAGAGAGAGAGAGAGAGUAUUAGAUAGAUGAGCUUAAUUGGAUGAGCAUAGUAUAUAUAUAUAUAUAAUCUGAUUCAUUAUUGUAUAGACAAUUUGGUGGGAGUUAUAGUGUUCCAAAGUCAGUCACUACCUUUUCUUUUGGUGUCUCUGCUGCUUAAUGUGUAAACGUGGACGCUGGAUUUUUCGGACCUUCAUCUAAUUGGAUCUGUUUCCGAGUUAAGACAAAUUGAAAGAGCAAUCGCAACCUCGGAUUCAUUGGAAAGGGAAG